AUGACGGACGAAGGCUCAGCAAGGAUUCAUCGGGAUCUUAGGGCGGUGCGCCGAGGAUCUAUUCGCACAAAUCUACAACCUCAGCUCCAAGGCGAUCCCCCUCCCUCCACUGCCGCCGUGUCAUCCCACCUCAAACCCGACCCCAAUUUGCAUUUCAGCACCAGCCGCUGCUGCCACUUGCUGAACCAGAACCUGUACAGAGCACUCGGGGCCAGUCCGAGCGGCCUUCCGGCCUAUCACAGUCUCUGGCGUUUGCCGGCAAUUUCAGGUGACGACAGCAAAGUCAUAUGA